GCCAGUCCCUCCGGUCCGGGUGCUGCUGCUUCCGGGCUCCGCGGCUCCGGGCGGCUCGGCCAGGCCGCGGUCCCGACGCUGGGCCCAGGAAGGGGCCCAGCCCACAGCGUCUGGACGCGUGGGUCCCUUGGUAGGCCCAUGCUUUGCCUCCGGUUUGGGAUCUCCGAGGACAUCUCAGAUCUGACCUUGCAGAGGCCGCCCUCUGUUGCUUGCUUGCUGGCUGGCGAGGACACUUGGUAGGAACACAGCUCCCUAAAUCAAAAGGGGAUCGCUGCUGGCUAGAGUUUGCCUGAGACUCCCAUACCACCUCCCAACAUAGAGAAUUUCUAUUCCUUGAACUCACUUGGGGCAGCAGUUUAAGACUCCCCACGUCCAGGAGCACGUAGGACCUGGGGCCACCUUCCUGCCUGCCUUCUCGGAUGGAGCACCGCCUCCUGAGUUUCUGGGGUAACUUGAGGCGUGGCCUUGGUGAGUAAAACUUGGGGUGCUGCCUGCCGGGAAGGAAAUCCGGAAACAGGAUAUGGGGGUAACCCAGGCCUUCACAGAUCUGAGACUCUUGGAAUCUUGUGUCCGUGUGUGGGGGUGGGGAUGGUGACUGAAUUUGGAUAUGCCUCCUUUCUCUAUUCCUAAGCUGAAAAGGAAAAAGUCACUUGCCACACUUGCGACUGCACAGCCAUUUAGGGACGUGAGGAACCGAUUCUGAAUUCAGAAUAGGACGACAUCACUAAGCAGAUACCCAUUCUGAGCCUGAAAAUACUCUGCCUUCUGAGGAGACCCUGAGGGUCUAACAGUGCUGGGAAGCAGCCCCAGUAUUGGGGUGCUCACUGCAUAACCCAGCCAUGUUCCUAAGACAAGUUGGUGGUUGGCUACGUCGCCCCUGGGGCCGCCGGAAACCAAUGAAGCCUGACUCGCCUACCCCAGAACCCAGACAGUUGGACAGCUCCCCUGAGAAUUCAGGGAGUGACUGGGAUAGUGCCCCAGAAACUAUGGGAGAUGCAAGACCUCUCAAGACUAAGGACUCAGAGUUACUGAGGAGCUCUGGUACUGCUUCAAAACCAAGCAGGCAAGCCCAAGUUGAGGAAUUGGGGAGCAAAAGAAUGGAUUCCCUCAAGUGGGACAAGGCUGUCUCUAGCAUUGAAGAGUCUGGGAGACUGGAGGCUGGAGGAGCUAUUCCCAAACUCGAAUGGGAUCAUGUGAAUUCAAGUGGCAUCAGGAGACCUGGGAUAUCCCCUGAAGUGGUACUGAAUGCUCCUGGGCUUGAAGUCCCAAUGGAGAAACGUGGCCGGCGUCAGAAGCUGCUGGGCUGGCUGCGGGGAGAAUCAGGGGCUCCCUCACAGUACUUGGGGGACCCAGAGGAGCGUCUGCAGAUUUCCACCAAUCUGACACUGCAUCUGCUGGAGCUGCUGGCCUCAGCCCUGUUGGCACUGUGCUCACGGCCUCUGCGGGCAGCCUUGGAUGCACUGGGCCUGCGCGGACCCCUGGGCCUCUGGCUGCAUGGGCUGCUGUCCUUCCUGGCUGCCCUACAUGGGCUCCAUGCUGUGCUGAGCCUACUUACAGCUCACCCACUGCACUUUGCCUGCCUCUUUGGCCUCCUACAGGCCCUAGUCCUGGCUGUCAGCCUCCGGGAGCCCAGUGAGGGUGAUGAGGCCACUGACUGGGAGAAUGAGGGGUUGGAGAGGGAGAGUGAGGGGCAGAGGGAAGACCCAGGAAAGGGAUUUUGACCAUGGGUUAGGGUUGGGUGGGGACAAAGGGUGAAAACAAUGUGGCCUUUAGGGGAAGAGCAUAGGGUAUGACCCAGACUGUAAGUAUAGGGACCUCAGGGAUGAGGAAGAAACCCCAGAGUAUGAGGGCACAGGGACCCCUUCAUAUACAAGAGAAAAUACAGCUAAAAUAGGGUGUCUUUGUUUAUGGACUAUAGCGGUAUGGCCUUUGGAUUCACCAGCUGUUAUUACUUUUUGCUUUUACAUUUCUCUCAUCUCAAGUUAUUUUUUUCCACCUCCACCUUUUAAAAGCCAAAACCAACAAAAAAUAGUGUGUUGGUGGAUUAUACAGACCAAAG